AUGAGCUCGCACGGACCAAGCGCAGACGACCUGGUGUGCGACCCUUCGCACAGGUUCUGUGUCUCCAAGUCGGUCAACAUUGACGAAGCCAUCCAGGACCUCCUCAAGAGGGUCAAAGCGCGAGAUCCGCAUGAGAAAGAGUUCCUGCAAGCCCUCGAGGAAGUCAUCGUGAGCCUCAAGCCCGUCCUCACCCAGCAUCCAUACUACAUUGACGUGCUGGAAACGCUGGCCGAGCCGGAACAGGUGCACUACUUCCGCGUGCCAUGGAUUGACGACAACGGCCGCCAGCAAGUCAACCGCGGGUUCCGUGUGCAGUAUUCCAGUGCGCUCGGCCCGUUCAAAGGUGGCCUUCGCUUCCACCCAUCAGUGAACCUGAGCGUUGUCAAGUUCCUUGGUUUCGAGCAGAUCUUCAAGAACUCCUUGACGGGGCUGCCGCUCGGUGGCGGUAAGGGCGGCUCGGAUUUCGACCCAAAGAACAAGAGCGAUGGCGAGGUGCUUCGGUUCUGCCAGAGCUUCAUCACCUCCCUCUUUCACCACAUCGGACCAAGCCAGGACAUUCCUGCUGGUGACAUUGGCGUGGGCUCUCGCGAGAUUGGAUACAUGUAUGGCAUGUACAAGCGUCUCACGCGCCAAUUCGAGGGCACAAUGACGGGGAAGAACACAAAAUGGGGAGGCAGCUACCUGCGCACAGAGGCCACUGGCUAUGGCGUUGUGUACUUCACCGACCACGUCAUGGCUGACCUCGACACGUCGCUGGAGGGAAAAACGUGCCUCAUCUCCGGCUCCGGUAACGUCGCGCAGUAUUGCUGCGAAAAGCUGCUGCAAGGCGGCGCAAAAGUUGUCACCAUGUCAGACAGCUCGGGGUACAUUCACGUCCCAUCGGGAAUGACAAAGGAGAUGCUUCAGGAGCUCUUCGACCUCAAGCAGCGACGACGGGGCCGUAUUUCAGAGAUGGCCGACAAGUUUGACCAGAUUAAGUUUUUCAAGGGAAAGAAGCCGUGGGAGGUGGCGGCGGACGUGGCAUUGCCGUGUGCGACGCAGAACGAGGUUACAGAGGAAGAUGCGCAGACACUCGUGAAGAACGGACUCGUUGCGUUGGUCGAAGGCGCAAACAUGCCGUGUACAAGCCAAGCUGUCAAGCGUAUUGAAAGUGCCGGCGUGGCGUUUGGGCCCGCAAAGGCGGCGAACGCAGGAGGCGUCGCAGUCAGUGGCCUCGAAAUGGCACAAAACAG